AAAACCAUGAAGUAACUCUAUUUCAAGUAAACGCAUCACAUUUGAUCCUGGCAUCUUGUUGAGAAAUUACACAUCCAUGGAGCUCACAACAGCGCUGGCAUUCAUCAUGGACACUGACUCCAACCAGACCGUCAGGAAUGAGUCGUCGGAGGCCUGUUCACGCGAGAGUGCUCUGAAGGCAACCGUGUUCCCUCUGCUCUACACCGUCCUCUUAAUCGUGGGCUUGUCGCUGAACGGCCUGGCAGCAUGGGUGUUCCUCCGAAUCCCCAGUAAAUCUCACUUCAUCAUCUAUCUGAAGAACAUUGUGGUGGCCGAUAUUAUCAUGAUCCUUACCUUCCCCUUCAAGAUCCUCGCCGAUGCAAACUUAGCAUCUGUCGGUGAACGUGUCUUCGUCUGCCGCGUGUCAUCCGUGCUCUUCUACCUCACAAUGUACAUCAGCAUCCUGUUCUUCGGCUUGAUCAGCAUCGAUCGCUGUAGAAAAACCAUUUGGCCCUUUGUGGGCACCAGCCCUAGACGUCUGCUGCACAGAAAGCUCCUCUCGGGCUUCAUAUGGACAUCGCUGUUGGCUCUUUCGCUGCCCAAUGUAAUCCUGACAAGCCGUCCCAACACUUCGAGCCGCUUUAAAUGCAGUGACCUCAAGACAGAGAUGGGACUGAAGUGGCACGAGCUGGUCAACCAUGUGUGCCAAGUGAUAUUUUGGGGAAACCUUGUGACGGUGAUAGUAUGCUACACACUCAUCUCGAAAGAGCUCUACAAGUCUUACGCCCGCACACGAGCUCAACACCAGGCAAGGCCAGGAACGAACGCCCCCCACAAAAAAAGCAUUCAAGCCAACGUGUUCCUGGUGUUGGCGGUCUUCUUUGUUUGCUUUGUUCCCUUCCACUUCGCCCGAGUGCCAUACACCAUUAGCCAGACACGAGUACGCAUGUUCAAUUGCCAGCAGAAGCUAUUUUUCUUCCAGCUGAAAGAGAGCACGCUGUGGCUUUCCUCCCUUAAUUCUGUGCUGGAUCCUCUCAUCUACUUCUUCCUCUGUAAGUCGUUCAGGAGCUCGCUGUUUAAAACCAUGCGUCUGUCUCCGGGCCGGUGCAGGGCCCUCAGGGAGCUCGGGACAGACACGGCCAGCACUCCUCAGGGCAACACACAGACAUAAUGGACAGACUCUCAGACUUUCUGUUUGUUGUGAACACUCUCAUCCACAUGAAAAUGUUAGGGUUCUCUUACACUAAUAAUCUUACUGACAUUAAUAUAAUUAUUUGUUUAAACAUAUUUCAUGCUGUAACGGCUACAUGGGUGAAUCAAAUGUUUUAGAGCAUAUAUGGCUUAUAUCCUUAAUUCAAACCUGUCAUGACUGGCUAGUGGAAGAAUGGGUGCCAGCAGACAUUCUGUCUUAAAGUGCACCUGGAAAACUCAUACCUCAGAGUCAGGCAUUGAGGUAACUAUUUAUUUUCAUAGUUCAUUUAGACAUUCUACUAACUUUAAGUAAUUUUGCAACUACAUGUCAACUAGAAGUCAAGCAGC